AUGACGCCCACACCUCCCUCCGCCGGCACGUCGCAUUCUGGCGCCUCUCCUGACCAAUUCCGAGUCGUGCGCAAACGCAAUCGCAUCCCCCUGUCGUGCGCGCCCUGUCGACACCGCAAGUUGAAAUGUAACCGGCAAUCACCAUGUGAUAACUGCACGAAAAGAGGUGACACUGCCUCUUGCACAUAUGCCGCUCCUGCGGCGAGGAAAAAGGGCAACCAUAGUCAGAAUUCCGCCAACGGGACUCCAGAUGACAUGCAAAAUCGAAUAGACCGGCUGGAAGGCUUGGUGCUGUCGCUCAUGACCAAUGGAUCCCAAGCCGUUGGUCCAGCCGCUGCUCAGCAGGCUCUCUCAGCAGGAGCUAGCUCUAUCGGCAGUGGCUCUUUAGGCCCAAAUCUCGAUAUUGAGCUGGAUGACAGUGGGAUGAUGGAUGAUGAUGCUGAUGGCCAAGAACCCGAGAGCGAGACGGAUGGCGUGACAAAGAGCUUCGGGAUCUUAAAGGUGGACGCUGAAAGGCAGAAGACGUUCUAUGUUGGUGAAGCUCAUUGGGCGGCUUUGCUCAACGAGAUCGGAGAGGUCAAGAACUAUUUCGUCGCGCACAAGAAAGAGUAUGAGGCGCAGAUGGAGAAAGUCGAGCAAGCAAGGAAGACCAUGGGCACGGAUGUGGGCUCCGGUCCGGCAUUGCUAUUUGGCUCUACAGUCCCACCGAGUCGAGCCGAGAUUCUCGCACAGAUCCCCUCCCGGUAUAUGGCGGAUAUCUUGAUCGGGCGUUAUUUCAACACCUUCGACCCCGCAACCCAUAUACUGCACGGUCCCACGUUCCAACGGCAUUACAACCAGCAUUGGAUAGAUCCAUCGAAAAGCUCGAUUGUGUGGAUCGCCAUGUUGUUUGCCAUGAUGCGCCUGGCGAUGUUGUCGUACGGUCGAGAAGGGGACGAACCACCUGAGUUUCGAGGCAAGUGCCAGGACCUUGCGAGCAACUUCCGCACGCAGAUGGCACAUUGCCUGAUCACCGCCGACUACACCAAACCCCACAACUACAUCAUUGAGACUCUUAUCUUCCAUUUGCACGCGGAGUACACCUCCAAUCGGGACGCGGAAGCCAGUGUCUGGGUGUUAGUUGGCAUGAUUGCCCGCCUGGCCAUGCGGAUGGGCUAUCAUCGAGAUGCGAAGCUCUUCCCCAACCUCAGUCCGUUCCAAGGGGAAAUGAGACGUCGGGUGUGGACGUUUGUGCGAAGCGCAGAUCUUCUUUUCUCAUUUCAGGUCGCCCUGCCAUCAAUGAUUCGCAUUGGAGAUUCAGAUACAGAGCUGCCUCGGAACAUCUACGACGAUGAAUUCGGUGAGGAUUCGACGUCUCUCCCAGCACCCCGUCCGUCUUCUGAGGCAACCCCAAUCUCUUACAUGAUAGCGAAGGGGCGACUUGCCUUUGGCUUCGGGCGGGUCUUGGAGGAGAUCAACGGUGUCCAGCGGAAGGGAUAUGACGAGAUCCAGAAGAUCGAUCGUGGGUUGAGAGAUAUUUACGAGAGUAUUCCUGACCAUCUGAAGCUCAGGCCGAUGGCAGAACAGACUCUUGCGCCGAUUUCGCUGAUCAUGGCUCGAUUCAGCUUGGCAACUGUCUAUCACAAGUCCCAAUGCGUCCUCCACCGUCGGUACAUGAGGCUUGCCAGAAACGGAAACCGAUACAUGCACUCCAGGAGACAGUGUUUGGACUCGGCUAUGUCACUGUUGAGCUUCCAGGCCAUUCAACAUCAGCAGAGUCGUGAGCGGGGCCGGCUGAGAAGUCUGCGCAACCACGUUAAUUCCUUGACUGCGCACGAUUAUCUACUGGCUGCUACCAUUGUGUGCAUGGACCUCUACAACAGCCGGGAACGUUCAGGCAAUGAUAACGACGUAAGCACGCCGAGUACUUCUGUCAGUGGCGGCAGUAUCAGCCAGGGGAGCAAUAUGUCGACCGAUGGCGCCUAUGUUCCUGGGCUCAGUUACACUCGGGAAGAUCUUGUCCGAGCACUUGAGGAGAGCCGCGACGUAUGGAUGGACAACCGCGACCUGAGCAUAGAAGCAUACAAGGCUAGCGAGCUCUUGAACGUGCUCCUGUAUCAUAUCAAACUACCAUAUUCACCUAGCCAUCCUCAGAAUGCGCCACUUCCCGCAGCGAACCAGCAACCUCAGGGUUCGAACAAUGAUGAGCAGAACGCGGCUAUGACUUUGGGUAUGCUUCAAGCUGGAGGGAUAACGAGCACCGGCCAAGGAGGGACUGCGUCGAAUGCGGCCUCUCCAGGUGGCCCGUGGGACAAGGUUGGUCUGUACGCGAAUCUCAACAGCGAGCAAUUCAAUCCUGGCCUCUUUGGAGCGGCGAACCCAGCAAGUCCGUUCGGAGGUGGAUUGUUCAGCGGACCCAUAGGCAUGGCGAACUUGGACCAAGGUAUGAAUCUGGACUGGGAAGCCUGGGAUCAGUACAUGCAGCCAUCGAAUCUUUCCCUCGAUCCAGCGGCGAGUUUGUGGUCGAACAACUCGCCAAACAACAAUCUCUUCACCCAAACAUCAGCACCUGACAACACCGGGGACUCAUCGUUCGGAAUAUCCGGCACUGGCCCCAAUUUCUAUCCACAAAAUAUUGCGAGCAUGGUGAGCGGACCGACACCAGACCAGAAAUUCGAGGGCUCCCAGCCGAUGCCGAAUUUGAGCGCGAAUUCGGCGCCUAAUGUUGGCAACGAGAACAGCGCUGGCGAGGUGUUUAUGGGGGUGCAGAGUCCUCAGCCAGGCGGAGUUCCGAGCUGGAAAUGGACGAUCAUGGGUGACCAGAAGAAAUGA